AUGAAUACCGUAGAAGCCAACCCGAUGAAAACUCCAAUGGAACAAGUUGACGAACUUAAAUACUGGCUUGCAACGGCACCAUGUAACUGGGAACCAGACCAGAAUAUUCGUCGAUAUCUUUUACCGACUGGCGAAUAUGUUUCCUGUGUACUAUGGAAUGGACUAUACCACAUCACGGGUACUGAUAUCGUGAGAAGCUUAGUAUUCCGAUUCCAGGCUUUCGGAAGACCAGUAAAAAAUAUCAAGAAAUUUGAAGAAGGUGUAUUUAGUGAUUUACGAAAUCUCAAGCCAGGUAUGGAUGCGUCACUUGAAGAGCCAAAAUCAGAGUUUUUGGAGAUGUUAUACAAGAACAAUUGUAUUCGUACACAAAAGAAACAAAAAGUUUUCUAUUGGUUUUCUGUUCCACAUGAUCGUCUUUUCUUGGAUGCAUUGGAACGUGAUUUAAAACGUGAAAAAAUGUCAAUUGAACCAACGACAUUUGCGGUGGCGGAACCCGCUCUCUCAUUUUCCUUUGAUUCCACUCAAUCGCUAUAUGAUCAAUUCACCAAAGGAAUAUCGCCAUCGUCUUCAGCUCCAUCGUCGCCACGAAUUCACAGUUUAGUUUACGAUCCGACAAAUAUUUCAUCGAUGAUGAAUGCCGUUAAUGUUCCGAUAAUAAAGACAGACGAGUCACCCAAUUGUGGAUACUCACUUGAUGAUGAGACAGCUCAACAACAACAAAUUGCUGCUAAUUCACAAAUUGGACAUUACUCCCUUUACAAUCCAAUUCCUCAAUGUGAAAAUGUACUCACAAAAGCUCAUCAUUUAUAUUCACCUGAUCUUGGGUAUUGUUCGAUGGAUGAGUUAUCGAAGUCAACAUUUGCAGCAGCAGCCGCCGUGAAUAACGAUCAUCACUCGACAACAGGAAGCAAUUCUGAUUAUUUCAUGACAAAUACGACUUGGAGUAUAGAACAACCACAUCAUCAUCAGCCACAGCAGCAUUUCAUUGAUAGUUCACCAACUUAUAAGCAGCGAAGAAGACGCGCAAAUUCAUGCACAAGUGUUCAGGUGAAUAACAACAGCAAUAAUGGUAAUGUUAUUAAUGGGAAUCAUCCAAAUUCACCUCCAACUCGAUCAAACGCAUCGCCUUAUCCUCUCAAAACCUAUAAUUGCCCUCUUCCUACCUGUGGUCGCCUCUUCAAACGUCUUGAACAUUUAAAACGUCAUGUACGAACACAUACAAUGGAACGACCUUACGCAUGUCCCAUAUGCGGAAAGAGAUUCUCGAGAUCCGACAAUUUGGCUCAACAUCGGAAAACUCACGAAAGAGGAAUGAAUAAUUCACCAGCUCCUAAUGGAAGUGAAUGUUAUUCAUAUGAACCAAAUAAUCAUCAGGCCGAUCUGUCAGAUGCCUGUGUCCCAGACAAUUAUGUAUCUGUAUUCGCAAAUGAACCAACAGCAUACAAUACGAAUGCUAUGUAUGGAUUACCACCGAACUUUUUGGAAGGUAGUGUUGGAAAUGGGAUUAUAGUCUAA